UAAUCAAAUGGCCAGAUCACUUGCAUUAGUAAGUGUUCUGCUGUUUUUAUCUUAUCUAGAAUAUAUUGCACAUCGUUCCACGUCCUCACGCGUGAAACGGGCGAUUAGUUUUGUAAUGCAACUUGCCUAUUACAAAUGAUCUUUACCUACUCUAAUCCUGUCGUAUACUGUAUGUUUUGUACACUGACCCGCAGUGGGUGGUAUGGGUUGGUGGCGCUGCACUCCCCAUCUCUGCCUCUUCCUCCAAACUAUUCCCUAUCUGCUGCUGCUGCAUACCCGCGGCCUCGCUCUGCCGUGACACCAUCCGUAUCGCCUUCCCCUUAUACACGAGCUCCCGGCCAUCCACCUCCUUCUCCUUAUUUGCCAGGUCACGGCCGUUCCCAUCGCCGUUGUCUGUCCUCAUGAAUCCUCAACAUAUCUGAAAUUCGCAGGCAACUCGGCUGCUCUAGAUUUUCCCCAUCAGGUGUACUCACUGCUUCACUCUUACACGGAGACUGAGCAUUUGGUCCCUAAGACAUUCGAUUCUUCCGGUGUAGUAGUAGUAGUAGUACAACUUUAGCAGACUGAGCUUCAGGUUCCCCAUAAUUUCCCCAGUGCGCUCACUGCUCACUCUCCAAGUCUCCAUACUCUCUCACUGCAAGAUCCAGCGGACAGGACGAAGUUAAGGUUGCACUUCAUCAACGCAGCAGAUCACCGCCACCCUUUUCCCUCUGCUGCUUCCGCAAACACCGUCAAAGAGGCUGAGCUAUAGCGCAAGCCAAGCAUGGCCCAGGCCGUGAUUGGAGCGAUGGGCACCCUCCUGCCCAAGCUAGCCGACCUAAUCACCAAGGAGUACAGCCUUCAGAGGGGUGUCAGGGGCGAGAUCAUGUUCCUCAAAGCCGAGAUGGAGAGCAUGGAGACAGCUCUCCUCAGGAUAUCUGAGGCGCCAAUGGACCAGCCACCGGACAUCCAAGUUAAGCUUUGGGCCAAGGCGGUGAGGGACUUGUCAUAUGACCUGGAAGAUAGCAUCGACAAGUUCAUGGUGCGCAUCGAAACCCAUGGCCGACCAGAUAAGUCCCAUAGCUUCAGGAAUUUCAUUGAUAAGAGCCUCAGCCUGCUGACCAAGGGCAAGAUUCGCCACAAGAUCGGCAUCGAUAUCAAAGACAUCAAGAGCCGCAUCAAGGAGGUCAGCGAGCGCCGUGAUAGGUACAAGGUUGACAGUGUGGCCGCUACCAAGCCAAUUGGUCCAACUAUUGAUACCCUUCGCAUGUCAGCCUUGUAUAGAAAGGCUACGGAGCUUGUUGGCACCGACGAGAAGAGCGUUGAGGUAAUCAAGAUGCUGACUGAGGGAGACAUGGUUUCCCAGAAACAGCUGAAGGUGGUCUCUAUUGUUGGAUUUGGUGGAUUAGGAAAGACAACCCUUGCUAAUGCCGUCUAUGAGAAGCUGAAAGUGCAAGAAGAUAAUCAAGAACUGCAAUUCGAUUGCUCGGCUUUUAUUUCCGUGUCUCUUAAUCCUAACAUGGAGCAGAUUUUCAGGAGCUUGCUCCAUCAACUUGACAAGCAUAGGAUUCAAAACACCAAUGAGGCAUUGUGGGGCGAAGAACAACUCAUCCGUGAAAUAAGAACAUUUCUUGAAAACAAGAGGUACUUGAUUGUUAUUGACGACGUAUGGGAUAAGUCCGUCUGGGAAAACAUCAAAUAUGCGUUGAUUGAGAAUGAAUAUGAAAGUAGAGUAAUCACAACAACUCGCAUCCUUGAUGUUGCCCAGCAAGCUGGUGGUGUCUACCGGCUGAAUCCUCUUUCUGUUGUGGACUCAAGAAAGUUGUUCUAUCAAAGAAUAUAUGAUAUGGAGAACAAGUCACCACCUAGUCAAUUGGUUGAAGUAUCUGAGAACAUUUUAGAAAGAUGUGGGGGUGUGCCGCUAGCUAUCCUUACAAUAGGUAGCUUGCUGUCCAACAAAAAGGGAAGAGCACAUACACUUGAGUAUUGGUCCAAGGUGCAGAAAUCUAUUAGUUCAGGGCUAGACAAUAAUCAUGAUGAUGUGAAGAACAUGAGAAGGAUAUUAUCAGUCAGUUAUUCUAACCUACCACCACACCUAAAGACUUGUUUACUGCAUCUUAGUCUAUACCCAGAGGAUUAUAAGAUUGCAACAGAACAACUGAUAUGGAAAUGGGUGGGUGAAGGUUUCGUGAAAAAAGAACAGGGGAAGAGCUUGUAUGAAGUAGGAGGGGAUUAUUUGGAUGAGCUCAUUAAUAAAAGUUUGGUUCAACCUGCAAAAUUUGACAAUGCAAAUCAAGUGUGCUCUUGUCAUGUACACGAUAUGGUGCGUGACCUCAUCAUUUCCUUGUCAAGUGAUGAGAAUUUCCUAACAAGAAUAGGUGAUCCGCAACCAGAGUAUCUACCAAGUAAGAUCCGCCGACUGUCCAUCCAGACCUGCAUUCCAGAAGUUGUUAAUCAAUUGUCAACCAUGGGACUGACCAAUGUGAGGUCACUUACUGUGUCUAGUCCAGCUUUCAGUUUGUUGCCAACACUUUCGGGUUUUCCAGUCCUACGUGUAUUGGAUUUAACAUUCUGCAUGCAAGUGGAUAAUAAUAAUUGGAAGGAUAUUUGCAGUUUGUUUCACUUGAGAUAUCUGAGUUUAAAGGGAACGUCUAUCACCAGGAUCCCGAAAGAGAUUGCAAAUCUGCAAUUUCUGCAAGUGCUGGACAUCAGCUCGUGCACUGAAAUAGAAGAAGAGCUGCCGUCAACCUUUAUUCAACUAACACAACUAUUGUUAUUCCACAUGGCUGACAGCAUCACUUGUGCAGUACCUAGGUGGAUGUGUUCCAUGUCUUUCCUCUUCUCUCUUAGUAUCAAACUUGAAACAAUGGGAGAAGAAGACCUUCAAGUACUUGGGAACAUACCGUCUCUCAGUGAACUGUACAUACAAGUGCAGAAACCUACACAAGGUAGAGACAAACGGUUGGUCAUUGACAAUGCUUAUCCAUUUCGGUGUCUAAAGAGGUUUAGUGUCAAGGGUGACACCAUGGAGUUGAAGUUUGCACGGGGAGCCAUGCAAAGUCUACAGACCCUCCUGUUAGUUUUAGAUAAUGUGCAUGACACAUUCUCUCAGUUUGGUGAUCUUGUAUUUGGUUUAGAGAAUAUCUCUUUGCUUGAGCAUAUUGUUGUUGAGUUCCCCUUCGACGAAGAAGAUAGUGAUGAGGAGACUCAAAUGCUGAGAAAUGUUGUUCAGAAAGAGGUUGAGAUGAAUCAAAACAAGCCCAUACUAACUUUCACACAAACAGAUGCCGUUGACGAACAUGCUGAGGAAUUCAUCAAGAGAUUCUAUUUACAGCUGAAGAAGCAGAAGAUAGAAACAUUCACCCAGUAUCUCGAUUCACUAGGAAACUAGAGAUAAGAGGUUGCUGUGGAAGCUUAAAUAAACCUGUCUUUGCUUCUGGAAAUGAAGCCACUGAUCUUGAGGAGAUAGCCACAGGGCUCAGCUGAAGCAGUCUAACAUGCUCCUGUUCCAACAUUCAGACGGCAGAAUUGAAAUUUUCCAAGUUCAAAUUGAUUUGGCUUCUGGUUGGCGAUGUUGAAAAUACACCAUAGAUUAUUAUAUUUUCCUAUGUUUGCGAAUUAUUGGAUAAUAUGUCGUCUUACUACUUGAAUAUCUUGUCAAUAUUUAUUAGCAAGCACAUGACUUGUAAACCCUAUAUCUCUCUCUAAGAUUGAUAUUUUAUAGUGCUACACUACAGGAAAAAAAAUAAAGCCGAGUAUGAAACAUACUCGGGGAAGACAACACUCGGCUAUAGUACUUGGCUUAAUUUGUACUCCCUCCGUCCCAAAAUAAGUGACUCAGCUUUGUACUAGCUUUAGUACCAAGUUAGUACAAACUUGAGUCAUUUAUUUUGGGACGGA